AAGCGGAGGGCGAAGGAAGGCAGCGACCGUGGCGGAAAGCGAAGGAGGACGACGGAGCCCUACGCCGCGCGCUCUGCCGGGAGCCGAUGUCUUCGCUUUGCAGUUGGCCGGAGCCAUGGCCGCAGGAGGGCCGCAGCCUCACGCCCUCAACCUUCUCCCGUACCCGAGGAUGAACGAGGAGCCGAGGCCGGGACACGAUCCGGGUGGUGUCGGCGCAGAGAUUCCGACGGAUCCCUGCACAGGCUACAGGUUCUUCAAGCCCGGCGGUUUGUUUGGGAUUAAGCAGACGGAGGAGCCGUACGCGGACGGCCAACGGAUGCAGGAGGACAGCAAGAGCCUCGUCAGCCCCUGCGCGGUCGAGCCGGGACGAGGGAAUAAAGUCGAGCAGCCCGAGGAGAAGCCCGGAGCGGCCGCCGGCGGCUCCUUGGAGCUCUAUCCCAGCUCCGGCAGCAGCUCCAGCCGUUGGUUUCACAGUGGACAACGCAUUCCGGAGCGGGAAAGAGACGGCGUAGCCACCACCACCGCCACCACCACCGCCACCGCCCUCACCCAGGUCUCCCCGCGCAUGCCAUGUUGGAUGCCGCAACUCAGCGCCGGCCCUUUCCGUUGCGCCCAAUGCGGCAAAGGUUUCCGCCAAAAGCAAAGCCUCAUCACGCACGAGAGGAUCCACACGGGCGAAAAACCGUACCGCUGCGGCGACUGCGGCAAAAGCUUCAGCCAACGGCCCAACCUCUUGACCCACCGGCGCGUCCACACGGGCGAGCGGCCUUUCCCGUGCGCUCAGUGCGGCAAAAGCUUCAGCCAAAAGGCCAACCUCUUGGCCCACCAGCGCAUCCACGCCGCCGGCGAGAAGGCGACGGCGGGCGGCGAGCGAGAGGACGGCGCUACCGGCAAAGCCAAGCUGCGAUCGCAACCGAGGGCCUACCAGGAUGACGCUCCCUUCGUCUGCCCCGAGUGCGGGAAGAGCUUCCGCCAAAAACCCAACCUCAUCACUCACCGGCGGAUCCAUACGGGCGAGCGGCCUUUCAGCUGCUUCCUUUGCGGCAGGAGCUUCAACCAGAAGACCAAUUUGGUCACCCAUUACCGCGUCCACACCGGCGAACGGCCUUUCGCCUGCGCGCAAUGCGGCAAACGCUUCACCCAAAAAACCAACCUGGUGACGCACCAGAGCACCCACACCGACCUGCGGCCCUACCCCUGCGGGCAGUGCCAGAAAUGCUUCAAGGACAAAGUCUCCCUCAAAGCCCACCAAAAAACUCACGCCCCGCGUCAACGCCGCUGCCCGGCACGCGCGACGGCCGCCGCAAUCCCUUACGGCGCUGCUUCCGCUUUGCUCCAAACCACCGCCGAACCGGAUACCUCCUUCGGGCCUAUAGCGCCGCUGCCUGUGCCGAAGCUCCCUGAAGGCCAAGAGCUCUACUCCUGCCCGGAAAAGACUUUUCCGGUGAAGGAAACGCUCCUGGCGCCGCCGCAGCCGCCUCUGAGCGAGCAGAGCUUCGCCUGCGGUCAUUGCGGCGAUGGUUUUUGCCAGAAGGUUCCUUUGCUGCGACCGCAACAGCACAGCGCCGAAGCGCCGGGAGGAUGCGUCGGAGCCUUCGGUCCCCCUCAGCACCUCUUGGGUCACCUCGGCGUUCAACCCGGCCUCGGCGACGCCGCCGCGACGCCACCGCCGCCGCCUCCCAGUGCGGAGAAACCCUUCAUCUGUAACCAAUGCGGGAAUAGCUUCGGGUUAUGGCUCUCCCUCGUGGCGCACCAGAAGAGCCACGGGGGGCAGAAGUCCUACGGCGGUGCCGAGGCCGAGAAGAGCUCCGGCGAUGAGUUAUGCGCCAAAGGUAUCGCGGAGAAGCUCGGCGACGGUCGGGCCUGGCUCUGCCCGGAUUGCGGCCGCAGCUUCGCUCAAGCGGAACGUUUGCUUCCGCAGCGGCAAAGCCACGGCGGGCGCGGCCCGUACCGCUGCGACGUCUGCGGCAAAAGGUUCAGCUUAAAGACCAACCUGGCGACGCACCACCGCAUCCACACCGGCGAACGGCCUUUCGCCUGCGGCGUCUGCGGCCGACGCUUCAACCAGAAGGGCAACCUGGUGACGCACUACCGCACGCACACCGGCGAGCGCCCCUUCGCCUGCGCCCAGUGCGGCAAACGCUUCGCCCAAAAACCCAACCUCAUCGCCCACCAGAAGACCCACGCCGGGCGGCAGCCCUUCGCCUGCCUCGAUUGCCCCAAGCGCUUCAAGAGCAAACUCGCCUUGCGCGGCCACCAACGCGGCCACACCGCGGCAGCACCGGCGCCGAUGAGCCCCACGGUGACGCCUUUGGGCUGUUCGCUGUGCGGUGUGAGCUUCGAGGAGCCCAACGAGCUGCAGCUCCACCGGCAAAGCCACCACCACCACCACCAUGGCAGCGGCGGCAGCGGGGAGCGCCCGCACGCCUGCGCCGAGUGCGGCAAACGCUUCCGCCAAAAGGUCAACUUGGCCGUUCACCAACGCACCCACACCGGCGAACGGCCCUUCCGCUGCGCCGAAUGCGGUAAAGGCUUCAGCCAAAAAGCUCAUCUCCUCCGGCAUCGCCGGACGCACACCGUCACCGCCGCUGCCGCCGCCGCCGCCGGCUGCUGCGAAGGGCCCUGCGCGGCGCCCCGCGACGCCGCCGCUCUGCCGAAGGAGCGCCACGAGACGCUGCUCGCCCCGUGCUCCCGCGAGGAGAUUCCACCGCGCGCCGACAGCCCCGGCGGCGCCGCCGAUCUCCUCCUGCAGUUGAUGGAGGAGGAGCAGCACUUGGUGCCGCCGCCGCCGCCGCCGCCGCCGCAGUGUAAAUGCGUCGGCGAAGCGCUGAGCCCGAAGGCGCCGAGCGUUGCGCCGCAGUGCUGCUGCGCCGAAUGCGUGAGCCAACGGCAACCGCUGCCGAAGGCACCACCGCCGCCGCCGCCGCCGCUGCCGUGGGGGAAAUACGGCGCCUGCGGGCGAAGCUUCGAGGAGAAACGCGGCCUGCGAGCGCCGGAGCCGCCGUCCGGCGACGACGAGAAACCCGCGCCGUGUCCCGGCUGCCUCCCGCCGAGAGCGCCGUUGUCCUCUUCCCACGGUGAUAUCGCGGACGGCGUUGGGAUGGGGAAUGCGGCGGAGGAGGAGCGGCGUCGCCGGGAUGAGGAUGGUGGCCAUGAAGCACCUCGUGGCCUCCAAAGGACCUUCUCCCGCUCUCCGGUGGGAUCGCGCCGUGGUUUGGCCACGAAGGAGCGGCCCCGGAAGCGUCUCGGCUUCCAUGCGGAUCCAUGGCUGGAGCUCCUGGUGGGGCUCCUGGAGCUCCUGGUGGGACCAUCGGUUCGUUCUCCCACCAUGGUGGUCUUCCAGCUACCGGUGGAGCUCCUGGUGGUGCCAUCAGCCCAUUCUUCUCCUGCCACGGUGGUCUUCCAGCUACUGGUGGGGCUCCUGGAGCUCCUGGUGGGGCCAUCAGUUCGUUCUUCUGCCAUGGUGGUGUUCCAGCUACCGGUGGAGCUCCUGGUGGUGCCAUCAGCCCAUUCUCCUGCCACGGUGGUGUUCCAGCUCCUGGUGGAGCUCCUGGAGCUCCUGGUGCUACCGGUGGAGCUCCUGGUGGUGCCAUCACCCUGUUCUCCUGUCACCAUGACGUUCCAGCUCCUGUUGUGGCUCCUGGUGGAGCUCCUGGUGGAACCAUCAGCUCAUUCUCCUGCCACGGUGGUGUUCCAGCUCCUGGUGGGGCUCCUGGAGCUCCUGGUGGGGCCAUCGGUUCGUUCUUCUGACAUGGUGGUGUUCCAGCUACCGGUGGAGCUCCUGGUGGUGCCAUCAGCCCAUUCUCCUGCCAUGGUGGUCUUCCAGCUCCUGCUCCUGGUGGGGCUCUUGGAGCUCCUGGUGGUGCCAUCGGGUCAUUCUCCUGCCAUGGUGGUCUUCCAGCUACCGCCGCCCCGAGGCGGGCGAUGGGCGGUGCGGGCGGUGACGCUGCGGGCGGGGCGAGCGGCGGCGGCGGCGGCGGCUGCAGUUUGCCGUGCCGGUUGCCGGAAGCCGCCUCCUGCUCUGCCGGGAGUUGCCAUGACGGAGCUGGCGUCGCCGCCGGUGGGCGAGGGGCCCUUCUCGUGGUCCGAGGAAGCUUUGGGCGACGAGAAAGCGUUGGUGAUCCACAGCCAAACCGGCGACGAAGAGGAGAAGGAAUUCAAGUGCAUCCUUUGCGGCGAACGCUUCGGCCACCAACCCGGCUUGGCGCGGCACCAGAAGCACCACGCCGGCGCCCGCGCCUUCAUCUGCGCCGAGUGCGGCAAAGCCUUCAGCCUGAAGCACAACCUUUUGAUCCACCAGCGGACGCACACCGGCGAGCGGCCCUUCCGCUGCGGCGCCUGCGGCAAAGCCUUCAGCCUAAAGCAGAACCUCCUCACCCACCAACGCACCCACAGCGGCGAGAAGCCCUUCGGCUGCCAACGCUGCGGCAAACGCUUCCGCCAACAGCGCUUCCUCCUCAACCACCAGCGCAGCCACGCCGAGCGCCCGCCCGGCGACGCCGAGCAAGCCGGCGGCAGCGGCGCCGAGAACGCCCAACGCAACGGCGGCGACGCCGGCGGGAAGAGCUUUGGCCAGAAGGCAUCGCUGAGGAUCCACCGGCGCAGCCACGGCGACGCCUUCGACGCCAACGAGCGCCAACGCCGCGAUGCCCUCACGUGAGACCCUCGCGGCGGUGACGGCGCUUCGGCGUCGCCAUGGCGGUGUUCCCCUUUGGGGUCACCCGGUGCUCAUUCUCCCGUCCCGGUGGGGUUGGGGGUCAUCCACCCAUUGCCCAUCACCCAUUGCCGCCCCUCGUCCUCGUCGCGGCGUCUGCGUCGCGGCUGUGCCGUCACCGGGAGCCAUGUGUGGUUCCCUGGGAUCUCUCCCAUCCCGUUUGCCGGCACCGCCGUGUGCCACGGCGCGAAGCCACCGAGCCGGAGGAGGAAGGACGUUGGUGUCACUCGUUGGUGUCCCCGCGGUGAAGCCAUAACCAUGUUUGCUCUCGCAGGGAAUGACGGACGCCAAAGCG